AUGUCGUCUUUCAAAGCUUAUGGCAAAGUCAGUGAAUCCGACCAAGCCAAGCUCGACACUCGUCGUAAGACUCGCAAGAGAGUCGCCAUCAUUUCCAUUUCCUCUAUAGUUCUUGUCUGCGUCGUCGUUGCCGCCGUAGUUGAAACUGAAACUGCUACUCAUAACUCCAAAAAAGGUGACGACAAUGGCAAAGGUUCGCUUUCCACUUCCGUCAAAGCUGUUUAUGACGUGACAUUAUACCAGGACUCGUGUUAUUCUAGUCUUGGUCCAGCUGCCAACUCCAGCAAUUUGAAGCCUGAGGAUUUGUUCCAGUUGUCGAUUCAGGUGGCGAUCGCCGAAUUGUCCAGAGCCGCCACUCAAAUUUCAAAUGAAGGGCUCUUCAAUGGUAGUGUCACUGACAAAUUGUCAGUCAAAGCCUUGAAAAACUGCGGCGAGCUGCUUAGUCUUGCUUUGGAUCAUCUCAACGACUCGUUGUCUGGGGAUGGUUCCUUGUUUGAAGUGGCUGAAGAUCUCAAAACAUGGUUGAGCGCAGCAGGAACUUACCAGCAGUCAUGUGUAGAAGGGUUUGAGGAUGCUAAAGGAGAGCUCAAGGAUACCAUCGAAAAGUAUCUCAAGGCUUCCACUGAGCUCACUAGUAACAGCCUUGCGAUUGUCUCUUGGAUUUCGAAAGUAGCCAACUCUGUUAAAUUAAGGCGGUUGCUGAGUAACGAUGCUACCGCGGCUAGCCAUGGCAUGCCCAAGUGGCUGCACCAGGCAGAUCGGAGACUAAUUGAAAGUUCUGACUUGAGAAAGAAGGCCAACAUUGUUGUAGCGAAGGAUGGGAGUGGUAAGUACAAGACAAUAAGUGCUGCACUCAAGGCUGUGCCAGACAAAAGCAAGAAGAGAACAGUCAUCUACGUGAAGAAGGGAGUUUAUUUCGAGAAUGUUCGUGUGGAGAAAUCCAAGUGGAACGUCGUGGUGGUCGGCGAUGGAAUGACUUCAACUAUUGUGUCCGCCAGCCUCAACGUCGUGGAUGGAACUCCCACCUUUUCCACUGCAACAUUUGCGGUAUUUGGGAAGGGAUUUGUUGCUAGGGACAUCCGAUUUCACACAGCCGGAGCAGCCAAGCACCAGGCCGUGGCACUAAUGUCAAGUGCUGACCAGACGGUGUUCUACAGAUGCCGCAUUGAUGCAUUCCAGGACUCACUCUACGUUCAUGCCAAUCGCCAAUUCUACCGAGAUUGCGACAUCUACGGAACAGUUGAUUUCAUAUUUGGCAAUUAAGCAGUAGUCCUCCAGAACUGUAAGGUGUUCCCCAGUAAACCAAUGACAGGCCAGCAGAACACGAUCACUGCACAAGGUAAAAUCGACCCUAACCAAAACACAGGAAUCGCAUUUCAGAACUGCACCAUUUGGCCUUUCGGAGACUUGUCUUCGGUCAGGACUUACCUCGGGAGGCCUUGGAAGAAUUACUCCACAACUGUGUACAUGUACAUGCAAACGUUCAUGGGAAGCUUGGUUCACCCAGAUGGAUGGUUGCCUUGGGUAGGCACAACGGCCCCUGACACCAUUUUUUACUCUGAGUUUCAGAAUUUCGGACCUGGUUCUGUCACAAAGAAUAGAGUUAGGUGGAAGGGAUUGAAAACAAUCACCAGCAAAGUGGCCAGAUUUACCGUGCACUCAUUUCUUCAAGGAACCAAGUGGAUUUCUGAUGAAGUGUUCCCCAUAAAUCAGAACUCUGAUCAAAAACACAUUUGGUGGUCUUCAUGA